GAGAGAGCGAGAGAGCGAGCGAGAGCAAAUCUCCACUGCGCGGGAGAAACUAUUCUUGGUAAAGAAUUCUAAAUGGAUGGGAUGAAGCCAGCCAUGGAGUCGUCGGCCGAAGAGAAUCAAGAUGAAAGGGAAGAAAGCAAAGGUUGCUUGGACUGCUGCAUCAAGUGUCUGGGCGGGGUGCCGUACGCCUCGCUGGUGGCCACCAUCCUGUGCUUCUCGGGUGUGGCGCUGUUCUGCGGCUGUGGGCAUGUGGCACUGACGGGCACCGUCAAAAUGCUGGAGAACCACUUCUCUCACAUCUCAUCGGACCAUGCCACCCUCAUCGAUGUUGUUCAGGUUCUGCAGUACAUCAUCUAUGGCAUCGGCUCUUUCUUCUUCCUGUAUGGCAUCAUCCUGUUGGCUGAGGGCUUCUACACCACCAGUGCUGUCAAGGAAAUGCACAGCGAGUUUAAGACCACCGUUUGCGGCCGAUGCAUCAGUGCCAUGUUUGUGUUCCUGACCUACAUCCUGGGCUUGGCUUGGCUGGGUAUCUUCGGCUUCUCAGCGGUGCCCGUCUUUCUGUUCUACAACAUGUGGACCACGUGCGUUGCCAUGAAGUCCCCCAUCGCCAACCUCACCUCCGUGGACAACAUCUGCGUGGAUGUGAGGCAGUACGGAGUUAUCCCCUGGAAUGCAGAACCUGGCAAAGCAUGUGGGCAGACCUUGGCUGACAUCUGUAACACCAGUGAGUUCUAUUUGUCCUACCAUCUCUACAUUGUUGCAUGUGCUGGAGCUGGUGCCACCGUGAUUGCACUGAUCCACUAUCUCAUGAUCCUGUCGGCUAACUGGGCAUACUUGAAGGGGGCAUGCCAGCAGACCCACGACUACCAGGACAUCAAGACCAAGGACGAUGCCGAACUGCAAGACGUGCAGUCACGUUCCAAGGAGGGCCUCAAUUCCUACUCAUAAGCCAAGGCCGACUGGCCUCCAAGUCCACCUUCAGCUCAGCUUGUAACCCUGCUCCUAACCCCACAACUAAAUCCACACAUACGCUCAAGUACAAAGCAGUGCUAACUAACAAAGCGUAGUAGUGCGCUACUUCAACAGUGCGCUACUUCAACAGUGCAUUACAACAAUGCCAUAACAUAGUUAUAGGCCGUUUUAAACAUGAUGUGAAAUUAGUUAUCAGUUUUAUAUGACAAACGUAAGAAAUGACUGACCCUUUUCACGGAUUGUGAAAUUUUAGGUGUGUUUUACUUGGUGCUGGUAAGGUUAUAUGAAAAUGCAUGUAUUUUAUUCCAAAACUUGUAAUCAUUUCAGUGCUUGUGGCUAAUGGCUAAAAAGUAAAAGUAAAAACGAAUUGCAUUCAGACAUGUCAAAACAUGGCUGUUACUGCAUUGAAUGGAUGGGUCUUUGUAACGCACUGUUGAGGUAUGGCACUACCUCACAACUGUUACUGUCUGCACUAACGCAUAACAGACAUUUUGCAGGAACUUCCUUUUUGGUGUUUUAUACAUAUAUAAAUAUAUAUAAAUGUGUGAAAGUAUGAAUGUUGUUGGUUUUUUUAAUACUCACUGUAUGCCAGAUUUAAUAUGAUACUUCUCUGGUCUCUUUCUCUCUUUUUCUUGAAUACCACAACUUUUCUUUUUUCUGAUCUUUUUUUAACUACUAAUCUUUUUUUUCCUUUUAUACUGGUACUUGAUACAUUGCACUAUUCUAAAAUUAAAGACCAUAUACUCAUUUAUAUUUCAGAAUUUCUCUCUAUUGCAAAAUAAGUUCUCUUUGAAGUGUCGUCCUGCUAAAUAAACAUUUUAAGCCAAAUAUAAGAAGCAAAGAGAAUUCUAAAAUAAUUAAGAAGCCAAUUUUACACUAUAUAUAAAGACAUUAAGAAAAGAAAUUAUAAUUAGAUGUAUAUGAUUAAUUAAAAUU